GAUUCCUGAUUUUUCGCUACUAAUACCAUCAAAUGUCUCCUUCUUUCUCACCUCACCUUUUUAAACCACAAUUUGUGUGUGUGAGUCCUAAUCCUAAGUGAAUAAACCGAGAAAUAAGCAUAAUAAAUACAGAAAACAAAAAAUCUGGAGAGUUAAAUUUGCUUAUAGUUCUUAUUUUAUCCAUGUAUAAAAAUUCAAUUACAUCAAAAGUGCCUGGCGAUGUGAAUCGCGGCACUGAGAGAGAAAAACAAGGAUAUAUUAAGGACUUGCGUACGCUGAGUAAGGGAGAACUACUGGAUCUCAAAAAUCGACAAGAACUUUUAUUGCACAACAAAAAUCGCAUAUCAAAGCUUCCGGACAAAGGUGCCAAAAUUCUAAAAUUUUAUGAAGAAAUUCUUGGAUAUCUCAAAAUUAACGACGAUGUCACGCAAGCUGCGGAGUUGUUUUCGGAACUUAACAUUUCUGCUGUUGGCAAAAGGUCUUUGGCUAAGAUGGAAUGGAACAAUAAUCACUCUAGUUCUGCUGAAAUAGAUACAAUAAUUGACAGUGAUGAUGAUUUGGAUGAUCUAAAGCCAAACCCUUUAGCUGUGUUGGCACAUAGUGUUAGCACAGAGAAAAAAAUUGUUCUUCCCGUGGCACAGCCUUCGUUAAUUACUGAUCAAGAUUUGAUAGAAAUUGAACAGCUGAAACAGGACCCUGUCGAAUAUGCCGCGGCUAAUAUAAUUGAAGUUGAUUUGAAGCGUGUUCCUGGCAAAGUUAAUGGCUUUCUACAAAAAGUACAAGAAAAAGAAAAUGUUUCCGAUUUUCGUGAAACAUUCGAUGCUCAUUCAAAAAAACUCUGUAAAAAGGAAGUAAUUUCUGGCACUAAAGACAAAUUUCUUCCAUUUCGUACGACAAAAAGUAAUGUACAUGAUAUCGAUAAAGAAAGAAGUCGAUUUUUAAGACAUGCCAAAGGUUGGGACAAUACGGCUGCAACACCGCCUUACAGUACUCAUUGUCCAGCAAAAUUACUCACUUUAGACGAAUCAAUACAAAUACAAGCUGAAAAAAAUAAAAUGAUUCAAGAAGCGGUGAACCUUCACGCCGAAGAAAGAUUGAAAAGACGAGUUGAAAUAAACGAAAAACUGCAAGGCGUUCAGCACGAUGUGAUUGACUUCAAUGUCUACAGAUCUUCGUCAGAGAGUGAGGACGAAAUCGAACCAGAUGAACGGUUUAAUUCAGACGCUGAGUAAGAAAUAUUUAUUAGACGUUUCUAUCGUUUAUUGUACAGCUAUUAUGAUUAAAUAGAAUAAAAUUGUGUUGCC